AUUGUAGCAGCAGCUCGUCUAAGUUCCUGAUGAAAUAUUUCUAUAUUUACAUUUUAUUUAUUUAUUAUAACAGUUGAAUAUGAAUAAUUUUAAUAUAAAAUAUGCUAUUUAUAAAAAUAUGAGGAUUUAAGGAGCUAUAUCUCUGUUCUGCUUUAAACGUACAAGAUCUGAAGAUGGAGGACGGUAGCACUUUAGAUGGAGGUGCACCAGGCUCUGUGGGACACCCUGUCACCCCUGUGGAGCAACAGAACGGAGGAUUCCAGGAGAAGCUCAGCAGCUGUGGCGCUGUGAAGGAAGAGACGCAGGAGCCGAAGAGCUACGAUCACGGAGACGACCUUCGUACCGGUCUGAAUAUUAUCUGCGUUAAAGAAGAAGAACCCGAAGAAGACGAGAUCCUCUGUAAGACUACAGGACCCGUUAGAAAGCAGUCUGGAGUUGUGAUGAUGACACGCCCUAUGUAGUGCACUACACCUACAGCAGGAAGUGGCUUCAGAUGGAGCUCGUGCCUCUGAUUGGUGCUUGUGUUCUGUCCUUCCAGACUGUGAGGAGUGCAGAUCGUUCUUCUUCAACAAGUGUGAGCUUCAUGGUCCACCUCUCUUCAUCCCUGAUACUCCUGUUCCCACGGGCAGCGGCCAGCGAGCCAGACGAACCCUUCCAGCAGGUCUGGAGCUCGGAGAGUCUGCUGUUCCUGAUGCCGGUCUGGGAGUGUUUAAUACCGGCCAGACGGUACCAGUCGGUGCCCAUUUUGGAGCCUACCAGGGAGAAGUGGUGGAGAAAGAGGAAGCCAUGAACAGCAGCUACUCGUGGGUGAUCUACAGGAGUGGGCAGGGUGAGGGCUACAUAGAUGCCAAGAGAGAGACACACGCCAACUGGAUGAGGUUUGUGAAUUGUGCUCGUAACGAUGAAGAACAGAAUCUGGUGGCGUUUCAGUAUCGAGGGGGAAUUUUCUACCGCUGCUGUCGAGCCAUCAGAGCAGGACAGGAGCUCUUGGUGUGGUACAGUGAGGACUACGCUAAAGAUCUCAGCAGUGUGUUUGAUUUCCUCUGGAACAGAAAGUGCUCCACACACGUCCUGAACGACGUCCUGCUGCGAGUCUUCUCCUGCUCCCUGUGUCCACUUUCCUUUACAUCUCAAAUCUACCUGCACAAGCACAUCAGGAGGAGCCACUACGAGGAGUACGUGAGACUCCUGAACGUGGGGGAGAUCCGUUACCAAACUCUGAUACCCACCACGAGCUUCAGUAGCACCGACAGCUUCCACAAACACCUGCAGAAUAAAAACUACCAGUGCACAGACUGUGGGAAGAGUUUUACUGUCAGGAGUCAUCUUCAACAGCACCAGCACAUUCACACCGGGGAGCGACCGUAUCAGUGCUCACUGUGUGACAAGAGCUUUAACCGAGAGAGUCACCUCCAGCAGCACCAGUACACUCACACCGGAGAGAAGCCGCACCAGUGCUCGCAGUGUGGAAAGAGCUUUUCACGCAUGGCUAGUCUUCAGAUACACCAGCGCAUUCACACUGGAGAGAAACCAUACUGCUGCUCACAAUGUGGGAGGAGCUUCUCCUGCACUGGUACUCUUCUCAUGCACCAGCGCAUUCACACCGGGGAGAAACCAUUUCAGUGCUCGCACUGUGAGAAGAGGUUUUCCCGCAUGGCUAGUCUUCAGAUACACCAGCACAUUCACACCGGACAGAAACCGUAUCAGUGCUCACAGUGUGGGAAGGGUUUCACUCAAAAGAGUCAUCUCCAAAAACACCAGCGCAUUCACACCGGAGAGGACCUGUGUCAGUGCUUACAGUGUGGAAAGAGAUUCUCUUGCCCAAGUAGUCUUCAAAUACACCAGCGCGUUCACACUGGAGAGAAACCGCAUCAGUGCUCAGAGUGCGGGAAGAGUUUCAGUGAAAGAGGUUCUCUCCAAAAGCACCAGCUCACUCACACCGGGGAGAAGCCGCAUCAGUGCUCGGAGUGUGGGAAAAGGUUUUCCCGCAUGGGUAGCCUUCAUGUGCACCAGCGCAUUCACACAGGAGAGAAACCGUAUCGGUGCUCACAGUGUGACAAGUGUUUUUCAAACAGCAAUAACCUUAAAGUGCACCAGCGCAUUCACACCGGAGAGAAGCCGUAUCCCUGCUCCCUGUGCGAAAUGAGUUUUUCUCACAAGAGCCAUCUCAAAAUACACCAGCGCGUUCACACCGGAGAGAAACCGUAUCAGUGCUCGGAGUGCGGCAGGAGUUUUACUCAACAGUGUCAUCUCCAAAAGCACCAGCGCACUCACACCGGAGAGAAACCGUACUACUGCUCAGACUGUGGAAAGAGUUUUCCGUAUUCAGGAACCUUAAGGAGCCACAAGUGUUCCAGCUCAGCCAGUUGCUCCUGAUAUGAACUGCCUGUUGUCUUGGACUGGGAUUAGAAUCUCAUGUUACUGGUUUUAACUUCUUGGUGAGAAGUGAACUAUGAAGUAUUACUGGUGAAAAGAUGUGAACAAAACAAACUGAUAGAUUUAUAUUGGUGGCAUGACAUGUCAAUUGACCAUUACAACCUCCACCACGUCUCUCCAGCUCAACAUGCUCCCAGGCUACCUCACCGUGAUGCUGGGAUGAAGGACAUGGCUGGUGCUUUCCAUGCUGAUGUACUAAUUAUGCUUUAUAUUCACAGUGAUGCAUCUGUCUGGCACUUUAAUCCAAAUUAUCGUUCCUCAGACCACUGUUGGUGGGUACCACUGCAUGCUGGAAAUGCUUUGCAAAACCUGCUGUGUUGGAGAUGUUCUGAUCCAGCUCUAGUUAUCAUGCUUCCAACACAUCAACUUCAAGAACUGACAGUUGUGGCUGAUCGGAGUAAAAUUUUUAUGAUCAUGAAGCAGUUAAUAAAGGUGAAUAAAUGUUAGAAUUAGAUUCCCAGGUUAGGAUGAGAUUUUUCCAUGGUCAGAAUAACGGAACUGAAUAACUGGAACAAACUUCUGUUUUCAAAACAAUAAAUAAAAUCUGUGCUGGUGUGGGUUUCUGAA